UCGGCAUUUAUAUUUAUAUGACCUAAUAGUGUGGUAUGUGUUAUAAAAUAGGACAAAUAUCGUUAGUUUCUAUCACACAAUACAUUUCUUUUUAUUUCUUUAUGUCCUUAUUACAUGUAUAGCAUUUUAUCGAAUUGACCCGAGCAGUUUCUUUCUUUUUUUCCAUGUUCUUAUAUUAGCAUUCUUUGCAUCUUUUGAACUAACGCUUUUUUCCCUUUGUUAUGCUUUUAUUUAAAUAUUUUGGCUAUUUUUAUCAGGGAAUCGUGACAUUUAGGGGUGUGGAAGUCUUAUAUAAACCUCUGGACACAGAUUGUCAAAUAUCUUUGACAAAGAACUUGAAGCUGAUGUAGAGGAUGACUUCCCUCUGGCGAGCAUUAUAGACAUCGUGAAGAAACUGGGGCCUGUUCUGAAGCUGCUGCAGAGAAGAGACACCAUCGAGUCUCAGGACUUUGACUUCGGACAGUCGGUCAAGGAAACCCAGUGGGGCCAAGUGGUCAACGACGUGAAGGGAAUUAUUCAAGACAUCAACACGAUCAAGAGCAACGUAGCUCCGAUCUUUGGUCGAAGGGAUGCCCCCGAAGUGGAGAUGGAGGAUGUAGAUUUCUCCCAAUGGACGGGAAACGUUAAGAAAGUAACAGGAGCUUUGGCAGAUUGGUCUGCAAAUUUAGGCCAAACCCCCGUCUUGGGUUGAAGGUCCCUUUUUGUAAAAAUGUUUUAAAUUAUCGCCACAUAUCGACUGGUUAGUUUAUGUAUGUAAGACUCCACCAGACGCCACUUUGAAAAGCUGCGUAUGAAAGAAAGACAUGUGCUCUUAUAUUAAACUGAGUAGUCAAUAUGAUGACUGUCGCAAUGAUAGGAAUUAUCAGUCUCUCGUCUGAUGUAUUAGAAUAAAGACCUCUCCUUUGUAAACUCACACAAUAUUCAUAUCAAAUGCUCUCUCUGGAAUUAUUUGAAGAAGGAGUUUAUUAAACGAUUAGUUCGUUUAACCAUUUGUA